AGGAACACCAAGAUCGCGCGCAAGGAGCAAAAACACCCUAAAACCCUCCAGGUGUGAAUAUUGCAAUACGGUUAAAGAGAAAUUGGUACAAGUUCACCCAGUUCCUUGGAUCAAUGGAGAGUGAAAGACAAAUGAUGGGAAUGGAUGCCAAAUAUUUCAAGGAAAACCUUGGAAUGUGUUUGGCUGAAGGACUUGCAGAGGUGGCGGAUCGCCGACCAACAGACCCCAUCCGUUUUCUGGCCUCCUGGAUUUACAACUACAAUGAAAAUAGAAAGAAGGAAGAAAAGACAAAGUCAGAAAAGGACCACCUAGAACUUCAUUAUGAGGAACUUCUUGCAGAACUGGAGAGUACAGAAAAGCUGAAGGCAGAAGAACUUCUGAUGGCCCAAAAAUUUGAAGAGCAGCAGAAGGAUCUUUUCCAAGAGCAAACAGAAGAUACUCCUGAAAAAUUAAUGGAAAUUGAUGGAGCAUUACACCAACCUGUGAUAGAAGUGGUGGCUGAUGAGAAGGCAGAUGAAAUGACAACCGAAGAAAAGAUUGGACACAUGCCAGAAGAAUCUGAAAUUAAGUUAAUGCAAGAGAUGGUAGAAAACAGAAUGGAUCAAGAUGUUGUGAUAAAUGAGUUGAAUGAACAGCCACACCAGGUAAGUCCAACUUUAAUGCUCCAGGAAGCCUUGUUGGAAAUUGCUGCAGAUGAAGACUUAAGUCCCAAAGUCUUGAAUGACAAAGGCAAAGACCAGUUGGAACAAAACAUAGCAGCUGAGAAGGAGAAUGAUGUACAAGCUGAAGGUGACACUCAGGCUGAGACAGACAGUUCUACUCAGGAUGGGAAUUUGGAGUAAUUCCACAAUUCAUGUAUACUUGGAAGAAGAUCCUGCUGUCUUCAAAAGACUUUGUUUCACAAAGAAGGAUGAAAAUCUUUUGAAUGUGUGAUAGUGACACUUUUUCAGCAUAGUUGCACUGGGAUGUUAUAUGGAUAAGACUGAUCAUGGUAACAAGCAGUGGUGGGAUUUAGCCGGUUUGGGCCAGUUUGGGCGAACCAGUUGUUAAAUUGCUGGUUGGCCCCACCCCUUCCAGGGGGCCCCACGAGCCUCACUUUGGCUCCCAGGUAAGUGCAGGGAGGCCUACUAGGCCCAAAACGGGGUGUGGAGGUGGGGUAGUGCCCCCAUGGCCUGUUUUUGCUCCCAGGAGGCUGCAGAGAGGCCUACUAGGUCCAAAACGGGGAGAGGGGGGCAGUGCGCCCCAUGGCCCAUUUUUGCUCUUGGGGGGUGCAGGAGGCUGAGUUCUGCCUGAAACAAUCCCCUGGCCAUGCCCAC